AUGUUACUCCCGCGGGCGUCCUUACACACGGGCGGAGUAUCGCGUCCCCCAACCCACUGGAUCUGCUCCUCCACUCCGCCAAUCCGCCAUGUUCAAGGUCGUAAGCGUUGCUCUGUUUGUGGGCGUGGCCAUGGCUGCACCCGCCCCGACAGCCCCCCCGUCUACGCCCCCAUCGCCCCUAGCUACCCGGCUCCCCAUGCAGCAUCGCCCUACAAGGAGGAACCCCCGAAGCCGUACCAGUUCGACUACGGAGUCCGCGACGACUACUCCGGGGCCAGCUACGGCCACAACGAGGUGUCCGACGGCAAUGCAGUCACCGGCUCGUACACCGUGGCCCUCCCCGACGGCCGCAUCCAGAAGGUGACCUACGUGGCUGACCACCACAACGGCUUCCAGGCUGACGUGACCUACGAGGGCGAGGCGGUCUACCCUGAUCACAAGCCCUGCCCCGGCCUACCCUGCUCCCGCCCCUACGUCCCUGCUCCCGCCCCUUAUGCCCCCCCUGCCCCUUACGCGUAAACACAAACACACACAGCCGCGUAUUGGCCUAAGACUGUACAUUCACAAAACCACAUUAGCAAACACACUAAAACCACACGAUCCAUAAUACGGUGAUAUUCAUCGUGGAGUUCAUAUGUACAAUUCGCUGUAGAUGUUUUUCAUUCACUUGAACUUCUCUUGCAGCCCAGAAAAGUUGGAUUUCCACCCUUCACGUUGCAGCUCCAUUAGACCCAAAGCUUUCAUCGCGAAGGAAAGUUUGUGUGACUCACGAUCCCCUCCCCCUCCCCCCACCCCCAACUCGCCCUUACACACACAUCCUCCCAUAUGGCCCCUUAAUCCUCAUACCUGUCCUUCAUACACACAUACAUCUACACGUACGUCCUGCAAGUGUAUAAACAUUAUACCUUACACCCAAUAUUACAUAUUAUACAAUAUACCUUACAAGACCCUUACAUAUUAUACCUUAUACCCAAGACCAUUACAUAUUUUACACUAUACCUCCUAAUACUCAAGACCUUAUCCUCACAGUUCGAAGACUUUACACCUUAACCCCCCCCCCACCUGACACCACCUAAUACCCCAUACACACUUUCAUCCUACACCCUCAUAUCGGACACAUAUCCGCCCUAUAUCGCACUAUACCCCUAACCUUAGUGCACAUGUCCACUCUACGUUACUCUUGUGUGCACGUUAAACCCCAUAUUGUUGUUGUAUUGGUCACUUUAGCUAGUCAGUUACCCUGAUAUGUGGCCCACCCUGUUAUAGGUGAUCUAUUUUUUAAUAAAAUGUGAGCGCAAA